UGGAACAACAAGGAUAGAAUAUAAUCAACGGAUUCACAUUUCCUUUAGAAGAGGAUCUUGGACUGGUAAAUAUACAAGAGGAUCAUUUUGACCAAAGAAAAGACCAAAAUAAGGCAGUUUGGACUGCAUUGGAGAAAUCUCAAGCAAGCUGGAUGCUAUGUGUGUGUGUUUUGCUUGUGAGGGUCUCGAACACGGUCAGUGUCACUGACAACGUGCUUGACAGUUUCUCCCUCAAGAUACAUUGACUGCUGAGAGCGUGUUCCAGCAUUUGACUGCAUGUGUGUCCACUGACGUACAUGGGCAGACUGGCUGGGGGUCAAGGAGAAGAUGCCUGCCAUCCUGGUGGUCACUAAAAUGAAGUCAGGACUGCCAAAGCCGAUCCACAGCGCCCUACCUAUCCCUCAGGUGCCCACCCGGGCCGUGGCCCCCCAUCCAUGCUCCACCAACCCCGACCAGAGCAGAGCUCACCUGCACCUUGGGUGGGCGAUGGACAAAAACUACCAUCCUGAUGACAGUGGAGAAGAGACACAGAUCUACACGGACUGGGCGAAUCACUACUUGGCGAAAUCGGGACACAAGCGUCUUAUUAAAGACUUGCAGCAGGAUGUGAGUGAUGGCGUGCUGCUGGCCGAGAUCAUCCAGGUUAUCGCAAAUGAGAAGAUUGAAGAUAUCAAUGGAUGCCCUAAGAGUCGUUCUCAGAUGAUUGAGAACAUUGAUGCCUGUCUGAGCUUCCUAGCAGCCAAAGGUGUGAACAUACAGGGACUAUCAGCUGAAGAGAUCCGUAAUGGAAAUCUGAAAGCCAUCUUGGGGCUUUUCUUUAGCCUGUCACGGUACAAGCAGCAGCAGCAGGCGAAUCGACAGAUGCACACACAUCACACGCACUCACACGAACCCUUAAGCCAGCAGAGCAGCGCCCCAGCCCAGCUGAUCUCCUCCUCGCAUGGGACCCACACCUCAGCCUCACACUCACACAAAGUCCAGACGGAGAUGCAGUCCAGAUUACCUGGCCCCACCUCGAGGGUUUCCACUGUGGGCAGUGAGAAUUCCCCUCGAGGGUCCAUCAGUUCAGCAGGGAACCGCCGGAGUCAGGUGUUCAGCGAUAAAGCCAAACCUGCAGCAGCUCAGGCCAAAGAAUCAUCCGAGAGUGUCACCUCACAUCCUAAAGGCUUGACUGAGCACGCUCCGUCACCCCUUGUGACCACCUGCACCUCUGUUAGCACCAGCACUGUGGCUUUACCAUCCUCAUCGUCAGCCAUCCCCCAGCCCAACUCUAGUAGCAAACCUUGGAGAAGCAAAUCUCAGAGCGCCAAACCCACCACUACCUCCAUCAAGGCAGAUGUUCAAGCCAAGCAGCCUGUGCCUGCAGAACCGCCCCCUAAAGCUCUGCCUCAGAAGUCCAUGUUGGAGAAACUCAAACUUUUCAACAGCAAAGGAAGCUCCAAGUCUUCCACGCAAACAGAGGGUGCUAUUACACCAACGGCAGGAGGGAAAGAUGCCGGUUUGGUUUUGGAAAGAGUAGAAGCUGGUUCGAAUAAAGAACCUCUGGAGGAAAUUGAUGGAAACGUCAGACCCGGCUCGAGUGCUGUCACGAUGACAACCAGCAGCCCAAAGAUUGCUUUGAAGGGCAUUGCACAACGGACCUUUAGUCGGGCGCUCACAGCGAAGAAAGGCUCAACUAAGGCAGUGGAUAAAGAAAAGGAAAAAGAAAAAGAACGAGCUAAGGAGAAAGAUAAAAAUGGAAAAGAGGGGUUGAAGCAUGUCCUUGCCUCGGAAAAAACAGAGGAAGUUAAUGAAGAAGUCAUUGCUUCAAGUGGCGUUGCUUCUUCUGAGGCAGAGCCCAGGAAAACCUCUAAAAUCGCAAGCCUGAUACCCAAAGGUAGCAAAGCAGGCGGUACCAAGAAAGAUGGCUCUGCCCCUGUGCAAAGCGGUAUCCCAAAACCAGGAAGUAAAACCACAGGAAACGGAGCAGUGAAAAGCUCAGCGUUGCCCCACGGUGGUAAAGACAAUGAGAGGCCACGCAGUAUGCGUCUUGGAGGAGGUCUGGGACUUCACAGGGACAGGCGAAAUUCCUCAUCCUCUUCUAGCCUGGCUUCCACUGAGGGCAAAGCACAUCAAACACACAGCGCCGCCCCAGUGGCCAACGGAAGCAGUACACAAUCGACAGCCAGCAACACAGUCAGUGUGCAGCUCCCUCAGCCCCAGCAGCAAUACAGCCAUCCUAAUACAGCCACCGUUGCACCCUUUAUGUACAGGUCUCAGAGUGAGGCAGAUGGAAACGUUAGCACAAUCCCGAGUUCUGGAUGUCUUGGUAGUGACUCCAGCAGCUUGAAUAAGAUCAACCAGACUUCUACAGAGGACCUGUCAGGUGAAGAUCCUGAGACCAGACGAUUGAGGACUGUCAAAAACAUUGCUGACCUACGGCAGAAUCUGGAAGAGACCAUGUCUAGUUUGCGUGGGACGCAAAUCACGCACAGCACACUGGAGACCACUUUUGAUGGCAGUGUGACCACUGAAACGAGCAGUCGCAGCAUCCUCAGCAUGGCAUCUAGGUCUGCACCAUUGUCCUGGGUGAGUCGCAUGGGCCAGUCCAGUCCCCGUCUACAAGCGGGAGACGCACCCUCGGUCGGGAAUGGGUACCAGUCCCGGAGCGGAGGGGUGACGUCCAGCCAGGGCCGAUACCUGUACCAGGCUCCUCUCAGGAAGCAGCUGGCAGCACGUGGCAGCGCCCUCUGUGGCCUGGAGCUGGGAGACAGAGUGGAGGAUCUGGAGCUGGCAGGCGUGGGUCUGGAAAUGAGCGGCUACAUGAGUGAUGGAGAUGUGCUGGCGAAGAACACCCGGGCUGAUGAGCUGACCAGCGGGUACAUGACGGAUGGCGGAUUAAGUCUGUAUACACGGCGGUUGAACCAGUUGCCGGAUGGCAUGGCAAUGGUACGGGAAAGUUUACAGCGCAAUGCCUCCACCGGACAGGGAGACGCAGACAGUUGGGAUGACAGUAGUUCAGUCAGCAGUGGAAUCAGUGAUGCCAUUGAUACUGACGACAUCAACACCAGCUCAUCCAUCAGUUCUUACACCAACACUCCCGCUGCAUCCCGUAAGGCCCUGAAUGGACAGCCUCAGACAGAUGCCGAGAAGCACUCAGCAGCAGAACACAUCCCUGGCUGGUCCGGUGACGAGGUAAAAAAGUCAGAUGCGGGCUUUGACUGCGGGGUUAAAAUGGAAGGGGGUCUAAAAUGGCGGAGGAACCCUUCGGAUGUAUCGGAGGAAUCAGAUAAGAGCAGCUCAGGGAGGAAAACUGCACCCAUCACUCAGACCGGCUCCUGGAGGAUGGGCAUGAACGCGCAGGUGGGCGUGACCACACCGCGGACGAAAAGCACAACCAUGACCACAGGAACCGCCAUGAUUAAGACACAAGGGAUGGGUAAAACAGAUGAUGCAAAGGUCUCUGAAAAAGGCCGUAUGUCUCCUUGUUCCAAUGUCAUCCAGCAUUCCUCCUCUGAAGCCGGUCGUAGUAGUGGAGAUGAAGCCAAAAAAAUACCCGCAGGGAGAGUCCCUACCAGUACAUUUGGUUUUAAGAAGCCCAACAGUGUCCACGGACCUGCUACUAUAGUAGCCACCUCUAGCAUCACUCUGGUGACAGCGAGUGGCGCCACCAUAACUAGCGGUUCUGCCACCUUGGGCAAGAUUCCCAAGUCCUCCGCCCUGCUUGUGGGGGGAAGAGGGUCAUUAAAGGGGGCUGUGGAUGGUUUGUUGCCCCCUCAGGAGGAUGGCUACCUGUCCCCCAAUUCUCGCUCCACACUGCAGUAUCGCAGUCUACCUCGUCCCUCCCGCUCCGGAGCUGCGGCCCGUAAUGGAAAUCGGUCAUCUACGAGCAGCAUCGAGUCAAGCCUGAGCGCUCGAACAGUCGCCCUCACUGCCAAUAAGCCAAGAGACUCCGCCCCUAAAACCAACGGGCAUGCAGUCCAAGCCAAUCAGACGGACAAGGAAAAGGGCGUGGUCUCUGAAGUGGACAACCUGAGAGUCAGUUCGAUUGUUUCAGGUGGAGGAGCGGCAACUAUUCCACAGACAGCGAGACAGGGAAGCAAGUAUGCAGAGGUGUCGUCACCAACAUUGCGAAGACUUUUUGGAGGCAAGGCUGCCAAGCAAGCUCCAGUCACCACUACAGAAAGCAUGAAAAACUCAGUGGUCAUCUCCAACCCCCACGCUACCCUGGGUCACACCCAGUCCUCUGGUGGGCCCUUGGACACCCCCUCCACGAUACCAGGCAGUGGCGCCAGCAGUCCCCUGUACGGGGGUCGUGGAGCCAGCAUAGGUGGCAGUGAACAAGCUUCAAGCCCUGGUUCAGUGUACUCUACGGGCACUGGGACCUGGGGGACUACCAUCAGCAGCUCUUCUGCCCUAGGAUACCCCUCCGUCAGUAGCAUGCAUACCAGCAGCGAGUCCAUUGAUAUGUCGGUAGGCAGCGGGCAUCAUCGUGACGAGGCCCACACACCACUGAUAAGAACGGGGAGUGCUAAGACGGGCAUGUCAGAGAGUCCCCUCUCUUCUCCCUCUGCGAGUCCUAAAUUUAGCCGUAACACAUUGCCACGGAAGCAAGACAGGUACGGGCCCUCACCUCAGCUCCGUCAGGAGGAGGCACGUGAUUGGCUGCGCUCACAUUCGGCAGGCGGAUUGCAAGAUUCGGCCAGUAACUCUCCCUUCUCCACUGGUUCCAGUCUGACGUCACCCUGCGGGACACGUUUUAACUUCGCACAACUUGGCAGUCCCACCACAGGUGCUCAAAUAAACCUGGCAAGUCUGCGCAACAGCAGCCUGACCAAUCAGGACAAUCCGCUGGAAACCCACAGUGACUCCCGCUUGCGCAACUCCUGCAUGUCACUGGACGAAAAGACCCGGACCAUGAGCCGGUCGGGAUCCUUCAGGGAUGGGUUUGAGGAAGUUCAUGGAUCAUCUCUCUCGUUGGUUUCCAGCGCCUCAUCUGUCUAUUCAACGACGGAGGAGAAAUCACAGUCAGAGAUCCGCAAACUACGCCGAGAGCUGGAUGCCUCCCAGGAAAAGGUGUCCGCCCUGACAACCCAACUGAGUGCCAAUGCUCACCUGGUGGCAGCGUUUGAGCAGAGUCUGGGCAACAUGACCAUUCGUCUCAAGAGUCUCACCAUGACAGCAGAGCAGAAGGACUCUGAGCUGAAUGAGUUGAGGAAAACCAUCAAACUGCUAAAGAAGCAAAACUCUGUGGCUCAAGCAGCCAUCAACGGAGUCAUCAACACUCCCGAACUCACCUGCAAGGGUGAACGCUCAGGUAAUAACGGUUCUGCUCACGGAGUGCAACCGGACCUGCGCAUGCGCAGACAGCACUCAUCUGACAGCGUCUCAAGCAUCACCAGUGCCACUAGCCACUCCAGUCUGGGCUCCAACAUGGACAACCCUGACUCCAGCAGCAAGAAGAAGAAGAAGAACUGGCUGCGGAGCUCCUUCAAGCAGGCCUUCAGUAAGAAGAAAUCACCCAAGUCUGCCUCGUCCCACUCAGACAUUGAAGAGAUGACAGAUUCUUCUCUCCCUUCUUCCCCCAAACUCCCUCACAACGGCACUAGCACCUCAGCACUGCUGCUCCGAAACACACACUCCAGCUCUCUACUGUCAGACUGUCUGGAUGGAGAGGCAGAGACUGUAAUGCAGCUGCGCAAUGAGCUUCGAGAGAAGGAGAUGAAGUUGACGGACAUUCGACUGGAAGCCCUUAGCUCCGCCCACCAGCUGGAUCAGCUGCGGGAGGCCAUGAACCGCAUGCAGGUGGAGAUUGAGAAGCUAAAGACAGAAAAUGAUCGUCUUAAGUUGGAAAGCCAAGCCAGUGGGAGCCAGGCAUCCUCUCAAGUGUCCGUCUAUAACCCUACACCGACUCCAACAUCUGGCCUCCCUCAACACAGUCUAAACCUCACAGAAUCCACCAGCUUCGACAUGUUGCUGGAUGACUCCAGUGGAGACUCUCGUAAAGAGAGCAGACAUGUGAAAAUUGUUGUCAGUCUUCAUGAGAACAUUGCAUGGAAAGAGGACUGCACACCUCGAGACUUCCUGAUUGGUUGCAUUGGUGUCAGUGGAAAAACCAAAUGGGAUAUUCUUGAUGGUGUAGUACGGCGCUUGUUUAAGGAGUACAUCAGGCAUGUUGAUCCAGUCAGUCAGCUUGGACUAGGCUCAGACAGUGUGGAGGAAUAUCGUAUUGGAGACCUGGUCCGGUCUAGUGGAGCAAACACACCUGAACUCUUGCCCUGUGGAUACCUUGUUGGAGAGAAUGACACCAUCAAUAUCUCCCUGAAAGGUGUGAACUCUCAGUCAGAGGAUUCUGUUGUCUUUGAGACGUUGAUCCCAAAACCCAUGCUGCAGCGCUAUGUGUCGUUGCUCCAGGAGCAUCGAAGAAUAAUCCUCUCUGGCCCCAGUGGCACUGGAAAAACGUAUCUGGCCCACAGACUGGCAGAGCACCUGACACUGCAAGAGGGCAAACUGCCCAAUGAGAGCAACAUUGUCACCUUCAAUGUUGAUCAUAAAUCCAGCAAGGAGUUGCAUCAGUACUUAGCAAACAUCGUGGAACAGUGUAGAGCUGAUGGGCAGGAGACUGAAGCCCCUCUAGUGCUUAUUCUGGACAACCUGCACCAUGUCAGCUCGCUGGGAGAGGUAUUCAGCGGCCUGCUCAACUGCAAAUACCAGCGCUGCCCGUAUAUUAUUGGCACGAUGAGCCAGGUGACAUCCUCUGCUCCAAACCUGCAGCUCCAUCAUAACUUCAGGUGGGUGUUGUGUGCUAAUCACAUGGAGCCGGUGAAAGGUUUCCUGGGCCGGUUCCUGAGGAGGAAGCUGAUCGAGACAGAGAUCGGCAGCCGAACGAGGAACCCAGAGCUGGUGAAGAUCAUAGACUGGAUCCCUCAAGUCUGGCACCACCUGAACCAUUUUCUGGAGGCCCACAGCUCCUCUGAUGUGACCAUUGGUCCGCGUCUGUUUUUGUCUUGUCCGAUGGAUGUAGAUGGGUCACGUGUGUGGUUCACAGACCUGUGGAACUACUCCAUCAUUCCCUACAUGCUGGAGGCUGUUAGAGAGGGACUGCAGCUUUACGGGCGCAGAGCAGCAUGGGAGGAUCCUGCACUGUGGGUGCUGGAGACAUUUCCAUGGGCGACCACUCAUCAACACCCUGAUUGGCCAGCAUUGUUGCAGCUCCGCCCAGAGGAUGUGGGCUUUGAUGGAUACUCUGCAUCUAGAGAGGGCUUCAACAAGCAGAGUACUCAGAGUGACAGUGAUGCCGACCCACUGAUGAACAUGCUGUUGCGACUGAAGGAGGCAGCCAGCUGUUCCAGUCCACAGAGUUAUGACAGCGACUCCAAUAGCAACAGUCACCAUGACGAUAUCCUGGACUCUUCACUGGAGUCCACACUAUGAUCCAGCCUGAUCUGAUAUGCCUUUAAAUUUCCUUCUCUUAGGACACAGUUUGAACAUUGAUGCCGACUAAGGCAGCAGAAUCAAUUCAUUACAUCACUUCUACAUCAAAAAAGGGUGCUGGUAACCCUGAGAAAGAAAUGAUGCUUCAUUUAAAAAGAUGGAGAGAGAGAGAGAGAGAGAGAGAGAGAGAGAGAGAAAAUAUAUGCGCCAAAACUCAACAGUACUUCAAGCUGCCUCGUGUGUGCUAUCACUUCGAUAUUAGGAAUCUUACUUCAGCAUUAAACAAAAACAGAAGUUCUACAUCCUAAGGAUUUUCUGUACCUCAAAUCGGAUCGUCAGAGAAAAUUUCACACACAAUGCAAUUCUUCAAUGGAUGGCAUCAGUGUUUCCUCCUGUUGACUUUCCCACUACUGAUGAGCCUUCUUCUCAUGUCCGUACACCCUCACAAAACCAGCUUUAUAGUAUCCCAUCGUUUAAUAUCCAUAACAAUAUGGUCGAAAUGAGAUGGUGCUACACUUUUAUCAUUUUAAACUAAUUUAUUUUGAUGAUUAGAAAUAAAACCUCAGAUACCACCUGGGAUGUGCUUUUUUUUUUUGCUCUUAUGCAUAUAUAUAUAUAUAUUUUUUUUUUUUUUAACCCACCAUGUCCAUCACUCCUGAUCUUACCUGCUGAACCCUGACCUUAACUGCUGACAAUGCAUGAUCCAUCUGAACUCCUGUACUCUAUACAAGUAUUCUACUGUAGCACAAAGCAUGUCUAUAUAUUUUUUGCUCUCUUUUUGGUGCUGAAUGGAACCUGCUGCCUUACUCCAUUUUGUACUCCAAGGCACUAUGUUUUAUACUUCGGGAAAAAACUGAUUUAAAUAUAUUUUGUAAUUAAACUACAGGGCUCUACGCUACUCCUUGAGUUUGCCUAUAAAAACAGCCUCAUAGUCAUCAUAUCACGCCACACAUUUUUGAGGCACAAUAAUGUGACAAGAUGAAGAGGAAUAAAACAGUGGCAGGGCGAUUGUAACCUCCAUAUGUUUUGAAUUUUUUUGUUUGUUUGUUUGUUUUUCUGUUCAGCACAGUGAAUAAUUACAAUAGCGACUCACUGUUUCGUCCAGAGGCUAGGGAUAGUUCACCCAAAAAUUAAAAUUCUCUCAUCAUUUACUCACCCUUAUGUCAUACCAGAUGUGUAUGACUUUCUUUCUUCUGCAGAACACAAACAAUGAUUUUAAAAAGAAUAUUUCAGCUCUGUAGGUUCAUACAAUGCAAGUGAAUGGUGACCAAAACUUUGAAGCUCCAAAAGGCACAUAAAGGCAGCAUAAAAUUAAUCCAGAUGACUACAGUGUUUUAAUCAACGUCUUUUGAAGCGAUCCAAUCUAUUUUGGGUGAGAACAGACAAAAAUAUAACUCCUUUUUCACUACAAAUCUUGACAUCAGCAGUCUCCUUGGCGAUCAGGAUUUCAAGCUCAAUUACACUUCCUAGCACCAUCUAGCGUAUCUUGAAGUGUAACAAGCUUGAAAUCAUGACAGUGCCUAGAGACUGCAAUGGCGAGAUGUACAGUGAAAAAAGAGUUACAUUUAAGUCUGUUUUCAACCAAAACCAAAGAUCUGGCCACCAUUCAUUGCAUUUUAUGGACCUAUAGAGUUGAGAUAUUCUUCUAAAAAUCUUCACUUGUGUUCUGCAGAAGAAAGAAAGUCAUACACAUCUGGGAUGGCAUGAGGGUGAGUAAAUAAUGAGAGAAUUUUCAUUUGUGGGUGAACUAACCCUAUCAAAGGCAGUUUUAUAACAUUUUAACAUAACUUGCUGUUGUCAUUUGGGAAUUUCUAUACUAGAAAAAUUAUGCUUUGUUGCUUUUAUAUACCUGAAAUGUGUUUUAUCCAGAGUGGGAGGAGUGUAAGGCUUCGCUUGGUACUUAAGGAAGUUCUCAACACAUCUUGGCAAAAGCACAGUAUGAUGCAGAAGAGUUUGUUCAUAAUUUGGUGUAUGAGUAUACCUCAUUGACCAUUUUGGCCUUUGUCAUGUACAUAUCUUGGGUUCAAUGUGAAAGAUUAACAAACAUCCACGGAGACAUUGGAUAAAUUAUAUACUGUAUUUGCUGCUUGAUAUUGCAAGGGCGGUUCUGGAUGAUGUGUAAAUAAAAUUUUAUCUUUGAUUGUCCAUAAAGGAAACAUAUUUGGAUGGAUAGAGAGUUUCCUUGCAUGGGAAAACAUAAUAUAUGGGGCUAUUCACUAUUUUCACCUCAUUAAUAGCAAAUUGGUUUUCAGAUGUUCUUUGUAUGGCACUACAGGGUUUUGUUUAACAACACUGGAUCCAUUUCACUCCAAUGUACUGUACGAUUCCUGUAAGUCAUCAUUCCUAUGCAACAUCAUCUUGGAUUUCAAAUGAAAGCCAAAUGUCGUAGCUCUGUAAUGCUAUCAGCACUGCCAAUACGUUGUGUACACUGUGUAUAUAAUUUGUGAAUAUUUUUAGGAUAUGUGCCUAAUGCAUUUUCUUUCACAAUUAUGAUGAUGAUGAUGAUGAUGAUGAUGAUGUGUAAUUGUAAGCACAAAAGUUGUAUGUGUUGAUUGUUGUAAUUGAUUCAUGAGGGCUAUAACUGAAUGGGAAUCAUUUCAUUGAUUUUGCACUUUGCUCUAACAUUGUUUCUUGAUGUAAUAUAUGUCAGUGUAAAUAUUUGACUACCAUGCUGGCUGCAUUUUGUUGAAUAAUCUUUUUUCUAGCCGUUUAUAACCAUGCUUGGAAAUAUGGAAUAUUUUGUGUACAGUGUCUUUUUCAUCUUAACAGUUGUUUAGUUUCCCAUGAAAGUUCCUUGACAAACAGAUGACCCACAAAGAUUUAUCGAUCAUGUUACCAGUUUUAAAUUAUGCAUAAUUCAGUAAACCUAAUAAUUAUU